AUGGCAUCCCUUUCAAAUUUAACAACUGCAUUCAUGAAAGCAUCUCACGAGACAACUUUGACGCUUGCCAACCUCAACUUCAACUUUGCGCUGAUUAAAUACGACGCACCAGAAGAGUAUCACGCGCUUGGAGAGUCUCUCUCCUCUCAUCGAAGAAAGGCCGCCGAAGAUGGAGCAAUACAUGUUGCAGCGCGAAAACUUACAGCUUUGUUUCAAAGCGUGAUUCCUCCCGUGCCCAAGCUCAUCCAUGCAUAUGGACUUCGAGUCAGCGAGAUCGCCAAGCUACCGACCGUCAACCCCAAAGGAACACCAAAACAGGGACUAUUUGCAGACCACGUUGGGGCGGACGGGACCAGUAUUUGGGCCUCUGCUACUUCGGGAAGCGAGGCCGUAACGAUGCAUUUACUCGCCUGCAUGCUGGCGAGGAUAUGGAAGAGAGAAGAAGCUAUAGCUAUAUGGACGGAAUUCGUUCAGCAGAGGAAAUUACACCUCCAAAGCGGCAUUACAGAAUGCGACGGGCCCCUCAAAAUCUCAGACUUGGCUGCCUCUCAUAUCGAGCUGACUCGAACUGAGCUGGACGAAUGGGACGCAAGUGCGAGAUCAUGGCUUCAGACCGCCGAUGAAGGCCAAAAGCUCCGACAGACCCAAUUACGUCUAAUCAUCGACAAUAUCUCCUUGCCUGUUUGGUCGGGCGGUAACAUUUAUUCUGCCAUCUUGGAAGCCUGGAUAAAUGCCCUGGAAACCAUGGAGAGUCUUAUCAAAGGCGCUCCACAUCACAUCAGCAACGGUGCUAUCCUCUUGGCGCUAUCCGCAUGGCACCUGUAUCCUGACAUGUUCUUUGCUGGUACUAACCAACAUAUCAGCCAAUCCGACCCUUUGGUUAGCCAAGGCGGUCUCAUAUCUAUCGGCCUAACAAACAAGACUGAAGAUGGAAAGGGUGUCUUCUGGUCUUUGCCAUUGACCCAAGCAAGGUAUUAUGGAGAGCCAAUCACGGCAAUGCGACAUGCGGGUGUAGGCGAAUCGCAAGUUCAGUUUGAUGAUUUCACACUUGUUGCUAUUGGCAGUGCUUUGGGUUCGUGGCAACAGCCAGUGCUCGAUGUCGACGAUGCAUUAGAGUUGAUAAAAUGUAUCAGCAACGCAGCAGUGGCAGCGCAUAAGAAGGCUGCGGCCUUUCGAAACUGGAGUGGCCACGACUGGGCUGAGUGGUUAUCUCUGUUUACAGCAGCUAUUGAUCGAUACACCCAAUCGACCGGCGUUGAAAAGCAAAAUCUAACUAGACUCAUUAGAUUUGGUCAGCGAAAUUGCGCAGCCUGUUUGGCCUCGCCGCAGAAUUACCCUGCGCCAGCAUUUGGGCUGGCAAAUUUCUCUCUUCUGAUGAAAUUUUUCGAUAGUGAUACCGAGGCCGCAAUUUCUUUCCUUCGGAGCUGGGGUGCAAGAGAACUCGAGCCUCGAAUUGCGGCUGCUGCAGUCAUUAGAUACCGGGUCAGCCAGGGUGCCAUAUAUCAUUAUACCUACAUCGAUGUUGAUCCCGACUCGGAACCUCCAUCGAAGAAGCAAAAGUUUGAGAAUGGCCCGAGCAUAUUUGUGAAUGACCAUAGCAUAAAGUCCACUAGCAGUCGCGGCAUUAGAUGGUCAGAAGAUGACGACGAGCAAUUCUCGACGCCCGAUUUCAUUCACGGAUGGCUGAAAGAUGAAGAAUUCUCGAGAGCUGCAUUCUUUACGGUUGGGGAAGAACGAAUUCAGGAAUGUGCCUCUAUCCCCCCAAGCUUUGGGGCUCAACCGGAACCAUAUUAUUUCGUCUGUGGCGAUGCCAAAACGGCAAUUUACCUUCCUUGGAGCCACAAACUACGAAAGCCGAUGCAAAAUAACUGCAUGGAUGUCAUGCAGCUGUAA